AUGAUGUUGUGUGCGCGUUGACGUAAGGCGGAGGUGGCACCGAGGACGCCGAGCCGGCUGGUGCUGGCUGCGGCGGGUUUGUUGUUUUUGUCCGUCUGUCGCCAUGUUGGGACCGGUCGCUUUGUUAUAAAGGAGGAGCAAACGGGGAGAAAAGGAAGGAGGGUGUUGUCGGCGGUGGGAACAAAACGAAAGGAGGGGCGAGUUUACAAUUAAAAGUGUAACUGUAGUGGGAGAAAUUCUUUCAACAUCCGAAGGAGCGAUUUUUUUCUUCCCGCUCAUAAAAAGAAAAUAAAAGAAUCAGUCUCUGAGGCGCAAGGAUGAGAGUAAACCUCGGUGACCGUUAGGGAAGGGGGAGUGGAAGUGGAACGGAACCGGGCCGAGCCAUGCCAUACCCUGCUGCAAAUCAAGGAUCUCUGCAGCUCCAAACACAGAAACAUUAUGGCAUUACAUCUCCAAUUAGUUUGGCCUCUCCAAAAGAAAAUGAUUUUGUGCUUACUCAGAAACUCAUUGAAGCAUUGAAACCUUUUGGCGUGUUUGAAGAAGAGGAGGAGCUGCAGCACAGAAUUGCAAUUCUGGGAAAACUUAAUAGCUUAGUUAAAGAGUGGAUCCGGGAUACCAGUGAAGUUAAGAACCUUCCAUCAUCUGUAAUAGAGAACGUUGGUGGGAAAAUUUUUACAUUUGGUUCCUACAGAUUAGGGGUACAUACAAAAGGUGCUGAUAUUGAUGCUCUGUGUGUUGCACCUCGCCACAUUGAAAGAGUUGACUUCUUCACAUCCUUUUGCGAAAAGCUGAAGCAGCAAGAUGAAGUGAGGAAUUUACGGGCUGUUGAAGAUGCUUUUGUACCAGUAAUUAAACUAUCUUUUGAUGGUAUAGAGAUUGAUAUUUUAUUUGCAAGAUUGGCACUUCAGACAAUCCCUGAAGAUUUGGAUCUUCGAGAUGAUGUACUACUUAAAAACUUGGACUUGAGAUGCAUUAGAAGUCUUAAUGGUUGCAGAGUCACUGAUGAAAUAUUGCAUCUAGUACCAAACAUUGAAAAUUUUAGGCUGACAUUGAGAGCAGUUAAAUUAUGGGCCAAACGCCACAAUAUUUACUCAAACAUACUAGGCUUUCUGGGUGGUGUGUCAUGGGCCAUGUUGGUGGCAAGAACAUGUCAGCUGUACCCCAAUGCUGUUGCAUCCACUCUAGUACACAAGUUCUUUUUGGUAUUUUCAAAAUGGGAAUGGCCUAAUCCUGUCUUACUAAAGCAACCAGAGGACUGCAAUCUGAAUCUACCAGUAUGGGAUCCACGGGUUAACCCAAGUGACAGAUACCAUCUCAUGCCAAUAAUCACGCCAGCCUAUCCACAACAAAAUUCUACAUACAACGUCUCUGCAUCUACACGUGCAGUGAUGAUGGAGGAGUUUAAGCAAGGUCUUUCGAUCACAGAUGAAAUUUUAAUGGGUAAAAUGGAAUGGUCCAAACUCUUUGAAGCUCCAAACUUCUUUCAGAAGUACAAGCAUUACAUUGUGUUGCUGGCAAGUGCCCCAACGGAAAAACAGCACUUAGAGUGGGUGGGCUUGGUGGAAUCCAAAAUCCGAAUCCUUAUUAGCAGCUUAGAAAAGAAUGAGUUCAUUACUCUGGCUCAUGUUAAUCCGCAGUCAUUCCCAGCUCCCAAAGACAAUCCUGAGAAGGAUGAAUUCAGCACAAUGUGGGUCAUUGGAAUAGUCUUUAAGAAAGUGGAAAACACUGAGAAUCUGAGUGUUGACCUCACCUACGACAUUCAGUCAUUCACAGAUACUGUUUAUAGACAAGCAAUGAACAGCAAAAUGUUUGAAACAGAUAUGAGGAUUGCAGCAAUGCAUGUGAAAAGGAAACAGCUCCAUUUGCUUCUACCUAGUUAUGUCCAGCAAAAAAAGAAAAAGCAUUCAUUAGAGGGGAGCAAAGCCAACUGUGAUGAUGAAAAUAGCAUGGAAGCUUCUCUGGACAGUGACCACAGCUUGCUAGUGCCUUCUAGUCCGUUGCAGAAUUCCAGCAGCCCACAGAGUCCUGUUGCUGCAGCAUUGUCAGUGAAUACAAGUAGUGUUCAGAAUUCAGAAGCUCAGCCGGAAUUCGAGACUAGUCCUUCCAAAAGAAUUUCCAUUCCCAGCUCAGGGGGCUCAUCUUCGUCAACCAGUGAACACAUUCCUCAGGCCUCAUCCGCACAGCCAAAGUCGAUAGUCACCAGGCUUUUACCUACAUGUGUCAGCAGUCAGCCCCCAAAUGUGCCCACAAAAGCAUCCAGCCCUCUUGCCCCUGGGAGAAAGAGACCAGAAUCACCGUCAACAAAUGAAUCUGCAAAGGAGGAACCUGCAAUGAACGGCGUAACUAUUGAUCAAAAUGCAUUGCAAAACUUGAAGAGAGUAUCGACUCAGACAUCUGAAAUUUCACCAAAGAGAAAGAAACUAGAUGGAUCUGGCUGUGUGAAGGAACAAGGUGACUGUUCAAGAAGUCCUGUUAGUGAGAAAACAAUUGAUGAAAAUAUGAAGGAAGUUGAGUCUGAAGAAAAACUGGUGCCAAUUGCAUCCAAGGCUUCUGCCUCACAGGAACCAACGAGCACAGAGCUGUCUGAUGUCUCUUCCCUUCCAGUAAACCCUGUUCCAGUAGUUAAAAAUUCAAUAAAGCUGAGGUUGAAUCGGUAGACCUGCUGCCACUCCCGGGGCCAUAGAAAUCAUAAAUAACCAGGACAGACAGAGACAAACACAAACACAGACAUACAGAGAUACACGUGCGCGUAUAAAUGGAAAUAAAACAUCUACCAGAAGAGUCAUCUGAUCACUGGCUACAGCUUCCUCCGUGGAAACAUUUUAAAAGCUCUUUGAACGCAGGUGAUUGUGAUGUGGUGAAGUUGGACGAUAAAGGCUGUAGAUUUUUUUUAAAACAUGUCCUAUAAGACUUGAUCAUUGUUGAAUCUGGAGUUUAGUAGAACUCGACCAGUAAAGACGAUGCACUGCGGACUGACUGGUCGUGCAGGGAGUGCAUCAUGGCGGAGUACUGCUGAUGUGUUGGCAACAGUUAUGUUAGUUGAAACUUUGUUUUUUUUUCUGAAAACCUUCUUCUUUUCCUGUUGUCUUUGCUCUUAAACUGCCUUGCAAUUGUGAAAAAGUUUUAAAAAAUUUUGUUGACCAAUUGUUUAGUCAUAUGGGCAUUAUUUGUGAAUUUAGGUUAGUGAUGGUAUUAAGAGAGAUUUAAUAUUGAAGGAUUCUUGUACCAGACCAUGCCAUUAUUGAUUUCAGGGCACAUAAUCUACAUUAUCCACUUAUUUCUUUUCUGAAUUUUUAGUUGCUACCAGGAAGAACUUUAUUUCUGGAACAUUGUAUGACCUGGAAAGGGGACGGUAGCUUCCACUGUUUUUGUGCUGCUUUCUUGACAAACUGGAUAUUAAUUUGUCUAUUUUGUUCCUGUUUAUCCCCCUAUCAGGGUCUGUUUGGGACUUAUUUUGCUUCAGAGCUGCGUUUAAGAUGGUGGAUGUCAUGUUCGGCCACUGGAUGUUUCCUUUUGGAAUUGAUUUCAAAUCAAGUCAUAGUGGCUAGGAUUUAACACCUGCUACUACUGGGAUGAGUCAUUGCUUUACCAGUUCCUUUUCAAUUUGAAAUCCAAUGUAGAACUCAUCCGUAUUUGACAUUGAUUGGAUUCGUCUAUAUUUACAUUGAAUGAAACUUCGCAGUGAUUUGCUCCUGCUUGGGAAAAGCAGGCUUCUGUGCUUUGCAUGGCUCAUGGUUUUGCAAAAUGCAAGGUUGUUAUGCAUCCCUCACGCAUGUGGGUUUAGAACUCUCCUGUUUAGCCAAGCAUCUGGUGUUUGUCUUUCACCUUUGUGUAUAUUAAUCUAUUUGACCCUGGAAAAUGGGUGUUACCAUUGGGCUAAUUCUUUUCAUUCCGGUAUCCCCAAUGCACAAUCAAAUAACUCCUUUCCAUAACAGCUACUAUUAGCAAUACAUUUUUUAAAACUAAAACCACCUUUGGAUCAACACAAAAACACUUCUUUGCUGGUCCUCCAAUUUGUCACUUUUACAUCCCUCUAGAACAGAUGUGUGGGAUGAAUAUUCUCCAGGUAUGUGAUGUCAAGUAACUUGAAAUCUGUGUACAAUGAGCCAAUUUUUAACGUCCACUUUUUAAUUUUGCCACCACAUUAAAUGACAAAAUAUCUUUUUGCUGGUUUUAUGAUUUUGGGAUGUGUUAUGACAACCUGAGAUCUGCAUGAUCUGGCAACAUGAUUGAAAAUCAAACUUCCUUAGAUUUUUUGCAUUCAAACAGGUCAGAAAUGAAACAAGUUUUACAUAACCUUUUGGUCAGUCCAGCUAGCACUUAAUUAUGGAACCAAAAUUAUGGAGCUACUCUCUACUGGGCAAGCAGGUUCUGUGAAUCAGUCGCGUGCAUUUAUUUAAAGGAAAAGAUUUAUGAAAAGAGCUUGUGAUUCAAAUGUUGCCGUAUUUGAACUUAAGCUAACUAGAAUGAGCAGGUUGUUGGCUCAGUCCUUGACCAUUUCACUCAGUGCCAGAACUAAACCAGAUAUAAGUAUAAUUAGCUACUGGUGGGUAGGGAUCAGAAUUUUGUGGCUCUCCAUUGUAUAACUUCUGUUGAAUUUUUAAUAAGAUAACAAAGAAUUUCCUCUGUGAAUUGAAUCCUUCUGCACUUGCAUAGGUUUAAACAAUGAGUAUUUUCCAUCAGUUGCAUUGCGACAUUAUAAACUUUUUGGCAAUGGUCAAGUCCUCUCAAACGUGCAAAUGGUAUUUUAUGGUUUUAAUUUAUUAGAUAUAUAUGUUUAAACGUGCUUCCCAAAUGCUUCUCCAAAACAAAACAUUGCAGACAGUCUAAAACUUUGCCAUGAGCCGAGAGUGGAAUUUUCAAAUUCUAAUAGCUUGUAGUACGGGCCAUUGGAUCUGCUGUCUGAGACCUAUUGAAAUUUGAAAAAGAACAGCUGUACUUGAAAUAACUUGUCAUGUUGUGUACAUGCUUCAUUUCUCCCUUGUCCUUUUGAAAGGCUGUUCUUCUUCUGGUUAUAAGGUGGUUGCCUCCCUGUAGUCCAGCUAACGAUGUAUCUUUGCAAAAUAUGUAAAUUCAAUUGGUUGUCCUCAUUUAGGUUUUACGGGAGUUUAUGUUCAAGUCUUUUAAUUUUGGGUGUACUGCAAUUUGUGAAGGACUGGUUAACAAAUCACCUUCUCAAUUCCUUUUCAAAGAGAAACUGCCAAGCUUUCAUUUUUAAUUGUGCUGUCAUGUUAAUUUCUGAUUUUCCAAAUCUUGAUGUGUAUGAUAUGCUUAAUGCAGCAAAAUAUUUGACUCUUCUGAGGGAAAAUGGGGAAGGACCCAUUAAAACUUCAGUGAUGAUUGCCAAUGUAGGCUCCACAGCAGACAGUUAUGCUUAGUUUAGGUGCCUUGCUUUCAUCUCUUUGGAUAUCAAAUUAUUGGAUGAGUCUAUGACCAAUUCUUCAAGUUCAGCUAUUUAAAUUGUUCUGCUUGGAUGUGAAAAGAAAAAUGCUAACCAUUUUUUAAAAAAGUCUUGGAUUUGCUUCCUUUUCAAUAGGUCUGUUAGUAAGAAAGAAUGAUAGAGAGGGGGAUAGAGAGUUGCAGUUUCCUCUUUGAUUGAAAUGGAGUUCCUCCAAACUCUUUGCCUUUCUUGCAGCAUUGUCCUGGCUACUGUAGUGGUUUUGAUUUUUAACAAAAACAGUUGAAAGGUUAUCAAAGUCUGUUUUGCCAUUGCAGAAUUUGGAAUCAUUCUUUUGAAUGGGUUUUGUGCAGAAUAAAUCCAGAAGUUUUUUGCUUCUGAGCUUUCAAAGGAAAAAUAUUGAUCCUGGUCUUUCCCAUCCAAGGAAUUAGUUGCAUGUAUCUACUAGAGGAAAUUAUCCAAAUAAUUUUAGUUGGGAGAAAUGAUAUGUAUACUUUGACCUUGACAGUGCUUGCAUUAUGGGAUGUACUAUAUAUUAUGUCUGAUUUGAGUUACUUUUUGCCACGCCUUUUGCGUAAAGCCAAUUUUUAAGGCUUUGUGUAAACAUUUGAGGUUUAUUGCCAAUAUCCUUCAAAUUGGAUUGAGGAGGAAAAACCUUAAACACAAUUAAGAUACGCAGCAUAUUGCAGGGAGUAAUAUUUUUGCCAUUUAGCUGGUGGAAUAUAUUUGUCAUUGCAUUCCCUCAUUUGAGUUAUGAAUGACAAUUCUAAUGUACGUGCCUAUUUGCACUGCCUGAUCCAGAAGGUUAGGGCUCAUACUUGUUGAUCUAUAUAUUUGUAUUUAUCGAAGGUUGAUUUACCCUUCCCAUUAAUUAAUAUACUUUUCAGUUUACUCCCUCUUGGAUGCGUUUAAAAUAGAGCAGAAUGGAAUUUUCUGUUCUCCCCAACCCUGGCCAAAUAACAUUAACUUUUAUUUCAAACAUUCCUACUAAGAAAAUAUUCUAUAUCUCUUAUAUGCCUUUCCUGAAUAACCAGAAUAUUUCUUUUAUGUGCUGAUGACAUAACCCCUUUUUUAGGUUUGUGGUAGGUGACCAGAUGGCAUAUUACCUAUUGAAAUUUGGUAACACUGGGUCCUUUUUAAUAUGGCAGCAACAGAUUAUUUGAAAGCUAUUCAAUGGUGCUAGAUGUAUCUGCCCAGGCUUUCAUGAGUGCUCUGUUUCAGUGUGUUUAAGCCAACUAUGUUUAAUGAAACCUUUGUGUGUGUGUGUGUGAGAGAGAGAGAGAGAGAUAGAGUGUGUGUGUGUGUGUGUGUGUGUGUGUGUGUGUGUGUGUGAGAGAGUGAGUGUGUGUGUGUGUGUGUGUUGCUUCAGUUUUGAAUGGGUUUUGUCUGCUGAUGGUUCCAUUGCCACACUGCAUGAAUAAUGGUUAUGAAACAGUGCUUUCUACCAACCAGCUUUUUUUUAAAAUUUUCAUGUGAAUGAAUUGGUGCUGGACGGACCUGUUCCCAUUUAACAGGGUAAUCAUUAACUGGCUUUUAAUGAAUCAAAGUUUUUAAACAUCAAAAGAUUUCACAGUUGUCACUCUUAAGGAAUCAAAAUGUUUGUUUACCUGCCUGAAUGUGAAAUCAAGCUGUCACAAAUUUGCGAUUGGAUGGGUUAUUUGUGGACAAACGAGAAUUGAAAAAGCUUCUAUGUGAAUACUCAUAUCGUUCUGCCAAGAUGAGUGCUAAACUAUUUUCACUGUUGGUGAACUUGUCAUAGUUUUCCCUUCCUCACAGUUUAACUGUUGCUUUCGCAAGCUGUACUCUGCAGCUCACAGAUGGAGUUCUGUUUUUUUCAUAGUGUCUGUACACUAGUAAUUUUCAGAAGCUAUUUUGUAUAGAGAUGUAUUUCUUCAUUUAAAAUAAAAAAAAUUGCAGCACAAAA